UCGUUUCUGUGCGCCUGGUGUUUACAGAUUGUCGUGAAAAAAAUCGUCAGAUACCAAAUAUCAGCUAUUUUAACCCCAAACGAGGGAGAAAUAUUUUAUGUCAAAACAUGAGGGUAUGUCCAGGAUAAGCACGGCGUAAAUAGGACGAUAACUGAAGUGAAAAUCAGUUGACUGAAGUGAUUGGAAGAUGUGAACACCAGAGUUGUUAAAGGUGAGAAUCACCUGGCAAACAGCUCAUGUCAAAACUGCAUGACAGGUUGAAAGCAGCGUCUUAAUGUGAUGGAUGAAGAAGAGGAUCUGGAGUCGAUUGGUGAGCAGCUUUACACUCGGAUUUACCCAAAACACAAAGAGGCAGCUGGGAAACUCACAGGUAUGUUGCUGGAGUUGCCAGGUCCUGUCCUGAGACAGAUGCUGCAGGACGAGGCCAUGCUGACUGCAGCUGUGGAGAAAGCCCUCAGAGCCCUGCAGCUGCCACAGGAACCCAGGGAGACAUGUAAGGAUGAGGACGAUGCAUCUGUGUCCUCUGACUCUCUUGGGGAGCAGCUGUUUGAGCUGGUGGAUGUCUACAACACCGGCCACUCACAGAAAAUCACAGGAAUGCUUCUGGAACAGCACAAAGAGGCAGUUUUAAACCUGCUUUCAGAUCCAAAACUGCUGGAGGAGCAGGUGAACCACGCUCUGAAGACACUAAAAGAGCAGAAUGAGGAAACAGACGUCAGUGACACAUCGGAUGCUGACGACACAGAGAAACUGGGAGAGAAGCUUUUCUCGCUGGUAGAGGAGAUGGAUCCUCGUCAUGCAAAUGAUAUUACAGGUAUGCUACUGGAGAUGGACCCAGCUGCUCUCCAGCAGCUGCUCAGUGACCACACCAUGCUGGAGGUUGCUGUUCAGAAAGCACAAGCAGCACUGAACACUUAAAAUUGAACUCUGCUGAAAAGGACCAUGAACUUUUACACAGAGAAUAACACUAAUUAUUAAUGAAUGACUUGGAUAAGCUCAGAUAAUAUAAUGCUGGGAAGAACAGACACAUCAUUCCAGGAGAACGUGGUAAUAUAAGCUACGUAUUACAUAACCAGCUAUGUCUGUUUUAUACCGAUCAUUAAGGAGAUUUGACUGGACCAGCUGUAAAUAUCAGUUAUUUACAGUUGGUCCAGUCAAGAUUCUGUUAAGCUUCUUUCCAGCUGAAAUGAAGUUGAUGUUUCCACUUUCUAAUACGGGUGCUCACUUUGCUAAUAUGUUAUCGUCUUUCUCAGAUAAGACGACUGAACACAAGUGCAAGUGUUUAAUGAAAAAUAUUUAUCAGUAGUUCUCCAUCUGGGAACCGAACUUCCACUACAAGACAUCAGAAUCAUUGUUGCUUGAUGAAACUAUGUUGGAUGUAUGAGAGGAUUUGCCUGUAAGGCUGUAAAAUUAGUGCUUACCUAAGUGUUGCCAACAGUCAUGCUGGAGAUGACAUUUAUGUAUUUGUUUGGAUUUUGUAAUCAAACUGUAUUCAUAUUGAUGUAACCGUACACUGGUGAAAUGUCUUUGCUAACAGAAAAUACAGCUGAUUAUAUAUAUAAAGAUCCAGAUUUUUACCCAUGCUAGAAACAUGGCUCUGUGGAUGGAAAUGUUGGGUCUGUCUUCUUCAACUGGUCGCACUGGUGCUUUUACAUUAAAUUUGAAUGUAAAUGAGGUAAACAUGAGAUGAAAAUGUUACUGUAAAAACCCUUCCAUCACCUCACUGGUCAGCCAAAUGCUACACACAACAUCAGUUUAAUUUCUUAUUAGAUCUCUGUCAGGUUUGAUAAUGUUAGUAAUAUCAGUCAGUUAUCAGUCACAUAGAAACUAUUUGGCAUCACAUUGAGAAAAAAAAGGGCAUCUUCAUUGGCUUAUUUUGCCUCCCAACUGACAUUUAGACUUAGGUACAGAUAUCUGCCAAAAUAAAUU